ACUGCCAACAGGCCUACACAAACACAAACACAAACACGACUCGAUUCGACCGUGAUGUGAGUGAGGCGGGUGUCUCUCAAUCUCUCUCUCUCCCUCCCUCCACCUCCCUCCCCCUUCCUCCCUCUCGCGCAGGCCCUCUCUCGCGCUGAUUCCGCUGGCCGCUCGCUCUCCUGCUUGCGGAUUCGACACCCCCGUCAUGGACUAGCCGCUCGCCUCGGUUCGUCGCAUCGGGAAUACAAAGAAAAAAACACACAUACUCUCCAGCAAACACAUCCAUAUAGACACACACACACACAGAUCGGUGUCGAAGCUGCAUCGGCACCCGAACAGGACGUAUAGCCGUUGCCGUGCACCGAACGAUGAGCCUGGUCAUCGCGGAGCUUCAUUCUGAGUAGAGGGUCCAGGCCAGAGACGUUGCUAUUUUAAUUUAAUACCGAGAAGAUGGCGAACGAUUCUCCAGCGAAAAGCUUGGUGGACAUAGACCUCGCCGCCCUGCGGGAUCCGGCCGGAAUAUUCGAGCUCGUGGAAGUGGUCGGUAAUGGCACCUACGGACAAGUCUACAAGGGUCGUCAUGUCAAAACAGGACAACUGGCGGCCAUUAAGGUCAUGGACGUCACAGAGGAUGAAGAGGAGGAGAUUAAGCUGGAGAUCAACAUGCUGAAGAAGUACUCCCACCACAGAAACAUCGCCACCUAUUACGGAGCCUUCAUCAAGAAGAGUCCACCUGGGCAUGACGACCAGCUUUGGCUGGUGAUGGAGUUCUGUGGAGCCGGUUCUAUCACAGACCUGGUGAAGAACACCAAAGGAAACUCACUGAAGGAAGACUGGAUCGCUUACAUCUCCAGGGAGAUUCUCAGGGGUUUGGCCCACUUGCACGCCCACCACGUGAUCCACCGGGACAUUAAAGGCCAGAACGUUCUACUGACGGAGAAUGCCGAGGUCAAACUGGUGGACUUUGGUGUGAGCGCACAGUUGGACCGCACAGUGGGCCGCAGGAACACCUUCAUCGGAACGCCCUACUGGAUGGCACCAGAGGUCAUCGCCUGCGACGAGAACCCGGACGCCACCUACGACUACAGGAGGACUUGUGGUCAUGUGGAAUUACAGCUAUAGAGAUGGCAGAAGGUGCUCCUCCCCUGUGUGAUAUGCAUCCAAUGAGAGCUCUCUUCCUCAUUCCACGGAACCCUCCUCCACGACUGAAGUCAAAGAAAUGGUCUAAGAAGUUCUUUAACUUCGCCAGAGUUCCUGGUGA